GAGAAUUGGUGCAAGUGGUGCAACUACACCUUCUGGGAACACGCGGGGAGGACCGGGAGAUGAAGACUUCGAAUCGUGUUAACCCUACUGAAAAUCAAGCUCCCGUAAGUGUAGCUAUUAGCUCGCGCUCUCUCUCUCUCUCUCUCUCUACCAUCAUUCUCUAUUGUGAUUUGUGGAUUAAAAAUUGUAAAGAGUCAUGGAAGGAGCACUAAUCGAAGUAAUUCUGGAGAAUCUCAGCUCUCUGAUCCGAGAAGAGUUGGGAUUGCUAUGGGGCAUCGAAAAGGAGAUGGAAAAGCUAUCCAGCUUGCUCUCUACCAUUCAGGACGUUCUGGAAGAUGCAGAGGAGAAGCAACUGAAAGACAAGGUCCUACGCAACUGGCUCCUAAAGCUCAAUGCUGCUGCUUAUGAAGCGGAUGAUAUCUUGGACGAUUGCACAACUGAAGCCUCCCACCUUCAAAACAAACACCAAACUUUCAUCAAACGCCUGCUAAUUAAUACUGUAGGUAACGUUUUGUUUCGCCAUAAGAUUGGGAAAAGAAUGAAAGCAGUGAUAGAAAAACUGAAUGCCAUAGCUGAGGAGCGGAUUAAGUUCCAUCUGAGAGAAAUUGGUGAUAGGAUGCCCGUUAAAGUGGAGGAAACUGGAUCAAUCUUGACGCAGUCGAGUAUCUUUGGAAGGGAUGAAGAUAAGGAGAGAAUUAUAGAGUGGUUGGUUGACGGAACAAGGGAGGGUGAACAUGUUUCAGUCUUACCUAUAUUAGGAAUGGGGGGUCUGGGAAAGACUACACUUGCCCAGAUGGUUUUCAAUGAGGAAAGGGUGGCUCAACACUUUGAGCUAAGACUUUGGGUUUGUGUUACUAGUGAUUUUGAUGUCAAGAGAGUGCUAAAGGAAAUUUUAGAAUCUGCCACUAGGAAUGGUUCUGGUGCAUUGAAGCUAGAUCCUCUACAGAGAAGCCUUCAAGACUUGUUGAGUAAAAAAAGAUUCUUACUUGUGUUGGAUGAUGUGUGGAAUGAGGAUCAAGAUAAGUGGCAAAGGUUGAAAGAUGUUCUUGCUUGUGGAUCAACUGGCUCUUUCAUCAUCAUCACUACUCGUCUUGAGAAGGUUGCAAUCAUUGCGGGGACUCUACCUACAUAUUGUUUAUCAGGUUUGUCAGAAGAAGAUUCUUGGUUGCUGUUCAAGCAGCUUGCAUUUGGGCAAGAACCAAAAGAAGAAGCCAGACUAGAAAAAAUUGGUAGAGAAAUUGUGGCAAAAUGUGGGGGUGUGCCUCUGGCGACAAAGGCUCUUGGAGGAUUUAUGCGCUUUAAAAAAGAAGAGAGUGAAUGGUUAUUUGUGAAAGAAAGUGAAAUUUGGAACUUGCCUCAAGGAGAGACUUUUAUUUUGCCUGCACUCAGAUUGAGUUAUUAUAACCUUCCUUUUGAGAUGAGAAGAUGCUUUGCAUAUUGUUCUGUAUUUCGUAAGAGCACUGAAAUUAAGAAGGAAAAGCUGAUUCAUCUUUGGAUGGCAAAUGGAUUCAUUUUAUCCCGUGGAAAUUUGGAGAUGGAGGAUGUUGGAAAUGAGGUGUGGAAUGAGUUGUACAUGAGAUCCUUUUUUCAUGAUGUGUGGAAGAAUGACUUUGGGGAUGUUACUUUCAAAAUGCAUGACCUUAUUCAUGAUCUUGCCCAUUCUGUGAUGGAGGGCAGCAGGUCAAGCCAGCAGAUCUUACUGAGAGAUCAUUAUCUAUCACUACCACCUGUUACCACAACUCUAAUACUCAAGGAUCCUUCAAAAUUCAGUUGUCUUCGAGUGUUGGAUGCAAGUCGGCAGUGGGGAAGUUUCACAGACGUGCCAUCUGCAAUCGGCAGUCUGAAGCACCUAAGGUACUUAAAUCUCUCGUUUACAGAAAUUCAAACAUUACCUGAUACGAUAUGUGAUCUUUGGAACCUACAGAUUCUAAAUCUGGACUACUGUUGGAAGCUUCAAUGUUUACCCAAGCGCAUUUGUAGCCUUAAAAAUCUCCGGCAUCUUUGCUUGAUAGAUUGUCCCCUAAUUGGAAUGCCCCCUAGUCUUGGUCAGUUAACUUGCCUAAAAACGUUAAACAAGUUUGUUGUUGGGAAACAAAGAGGUUUUAAGAUUAGUGAAUUGCAAGACUUGAAUCUUAGAGGUACUCUUCAUAUCACAAAUUUGGAGAAAGUGAAAAGCAGUGAGGAUGCAAAAGAGGCCAAUUUAGAAGGAAAAAAAGAUCUUCGACACUUAUCUUUGUCAUGGGAUUCUGAAGAAGGUACUAGUAAUGCAGAAAAUCAUGUUGAUCAUGACAUAGUGAAGUACCUUGUUCCUCCUUCCCAACUUCACUCUUUGAGGAUAUAUGGCUUCAGAGGUACAUCUUUUCCAUUUUGGAUGAGCAGUCCAAUAAUGAAGGAUGUUGUCGAUAUUUCUUUAGAAAACUGCAAAAAUUGUGUCAAUCUUCCACCAUUUGGGGAGCUACCUUUAUUGAAAUCUUUGCGUUUAGAAGGGCUUCCUAUUGAGUAUGUUGACAAUGAAUUACAAGGCGAAGGCUUGAUCAGAAUGAGGUUCCCAUCAUUGACUUCACUCAAUAUGAAUGACCUUCCAAAGCUGAGAAAAUUGUCCAGGCAGGAAGGACAAGAGCUAUUCCCUCAUCUCCGCAACUUGGACAUAAGCAACUGCCCUUUGUUUAUGUCUGUGCCUGAAAACUUACUGAACAACCUCAAUCAUUUGGAGUCAUUAUAUAUUAGCUGUCUUGAAACGCUUCAAAUGCUGCCUACAAGCCUUUCAAGCUUGACUUAUCUCCAGUAUCUGUACAUAAGUUGCUGUCCUAACCUUGUGUCGCUUCCACAAUGCAUUCAGAGAAUGGAAAGUCUUAAAAUCUUGGUAAUAACCGGAUGCACAGAACUGCAAAGGCGAUACGAUAAGGGAAAUGGGGAACACUGGCAUGACGUAGCUCACAUUCCAGAAGUGUGUAUUAUUCCAUAGAAUACAAUCAAGAUGGACUUUCAAGGACAGUUCUUUAAGCAAUCUUAUGUAAAUCCUAGCUUCUUCAGUUGAAGAUCAUCAAGAAAGGUAAAAUGCCUAUCCUUGUGUCAUUUGGCACCCCUAAUGUGUAACACAUCGAUCUCACAUGUGCUUGCAAAAAAGAAGUGAGCUGAGAGAAUUGAAGUUGUGUAAAUUCUUAACACACGAAUUACUUGUCAAUCGGACACUCGAUCAGUGUCCUGUAUUGCAUGUUAAUGUUGAAACAUUGAAAUUCCGAUCCUUCUAAA